GGAAAGAUGGUGAAGCUCUUCUGUGCGAUCGUUGGUGCGGCGGGCAGUGCGUUUCCUGUGGACAUUGACGCGGGUCAGUCGGUGGGAGACCUGAAGAAGGCGAUCAAGGCGGACAAGCUGCAGCUCUUCCUGGCGAAGACGAUUCACGUGCUGGUGGUUGCAGAUCGGGAGUGCCUUGAAGUCCAGGACGCUGAAAUUGCACCGCACCCGAGUCGCAAGAGACGAUGGGACAAGUUGAACGAGGUUCUUGAUAAGAACAAGAAAGCGAAGAAGGCUGCCGGCUCCACGGGUUUCUCGUACGUGUCGUUCCCGGAGAUUGACAGCAUCAUGCCAGCGACCAAGUAUCGACCAUCGUCAAAGCCUAUCCCUGACGAAAAGCUUGAUGCGCUGCAUAGAUACUUUCCUAUCUUGAUCAAGGCUUUUGGAGAUAUCAUUACUGGCAAAGAAGCAAAGCGACUGCACUUCAUCGUGCCCGUGCUUGCAAGUGUCUGUGCGCUGUUCGAUGGAGGCGUCCAAAUCCUGGCCGAAGAAACCGUGAUUGGGAAACGUGUUCACGGAGACGGAGCCUUUGAGUUCGUGCUUAAGCGCGGCGAGAAACGAGUUUGCAUUGUGGAAGCGAAACGUGACGAUUUCCAGCAGGGUCUUGCUCAAGCUUACGUGGGAAGUGAAGCACUUGCGGAUGUAGAAGGACUGCCGAAAGUGUACAGCAUUGUCACGAACUUCUUGGAAUGGGUCUUCUCGAGAAGUCUGGAUGAAAGAAUUGAGCGUGCGACACCCGUGAUGAUGGUGAUGGAGAAUGACGUUCCUGCACCUGAAUCAGUGAAGCAGAUUGCGGGCAUGAUUUACUCCAUCCUGUCGGAAGACAACUAG